AUGAAGACUCUUCAUUAUCAGCUCUUGCCAUAUGCUUUGUUAUUAUUAUCGUUCCUCCCCUUGAGAGCCUUUUCAUUAAGGCAGAUUCCUUUACCGCCGGUAAUUAGCGUGGAAGGAAAGGAGGUUAAGUUGGGCAAGCCGUACUAUGUUUCCUCCUCUCUGUUCCCACAAGUUGGGUUGUGCCUGGUGGACAACGUUAAGUGCCCCAAAGACAUCAUCCAGUGCCCCACUUUCUACGACGACCCUCGUGGCCUGCCUGUCACGUUCUCCUCCGUCGCCAACUCGACGGAGGACACCGUGGUUCGAGAGGACACUCCCUACCGUAUUGAGUUGUCCGCCCCGGGAAACUGUAGCGACGAAAACUUCUGGUACCUAAAGGAGGAAGACGGAUACGCAGACAAUGAUUUCGUCGCUAUAGGUCCCAAGAAGCUCGCUGUGGAAUUUAUAGUCCAAAAAGUGGAGUCGGGGGGUUACAAGAUCAUGCAGUGCGUACUAAUUCCAAUUCCGCCUUAUCCUAUUUGCUACGACGUUGGAUUCGUAUCCACAUAUGGAUAUAAUCGUCUGGGUAUAGGGUCGGGCGUCCUCCCUGCCCAGUUUUUCUUCUCCAUUGGUACAACUAAUUCCACCGUCGCCAUCGACAAGCCCGCCCGCUGCUAG